CGUCAGCAGGACUGCUGCGGGUGAGUCUGCCUGUCAGAGAGAGGGAGGGAGCGCUCCGAUCAGCAGCAGCAGCAGGGACAGACAGGACGGACGCAGUGACUGGACCUCACCGACCGACCCGCACUUUCACCGUAUUGUUUCUGACUGCCACAACAAGAAGAUGCCACUGGGUGAGGACGGACACGCCUGGAAAAAGAAGACCUCGGAUGUCAAGGAGAAAUAUGAUUUUAAAGACAUUCUGGGAACGGGAGCUUUCUCUGAAGUGUUCCUGGCCGAGGAGAAGAAGACACAGAGAUUGGUGGCUAUCAAGUGCAUCCCUAAGAAAGCAUUAGAAGGCAAGGAAAACAGUAUUGAGAAUGAAAUCGCAGUCCUGCACAAGAUUAAACACCCAAACAUCGUAUCUCUGGAGGAGAUAUUCGAGAGUAAAUCACACCUCUACCUUGUCAUGCAACUGGUGUCCGGCGGGGAACUGUUUGAUCGUAUCAUAGAGAAGGGGUUCUACACAGAGAAAGAUGCCAGUAAACUCAUUCAACAGAUUCUGGAUGCUGUCAAAUACCUCCAUGAUAUGGGCAUUGUGCACCGUGACCUCAAGCCAGAGAACCUGCUGUACUACAGCAUGGAAGAAGACUCAAAAAUCAUGAUCAGUGACUUUGGUUUGUCAAAGAUUGAGGGCUCUGGCAGCGUGAUGUCGACAGCCUGUGGAACGCCUGGAUAUGUAGCUCCUGAAGUUUUAGCACAGAAACCGUACAGUAAAGCUGUGGACUGCUGGUCUAUUGGGGUCAUAGCAUAUAUUCUGCUGUGUGGAUACCCUCCCUUCUACGAUGAAAAUGAUGCCAAACUGUUUGAACAGAUCCUGAAAGCAGAAUAUGAGUUUGAUUCUCCUUACUGGGAUGAUAUCUCUGAUUCAGCUAAAGACUUUAUUGUGCAUCUUAUGGAAAAAGAUUCGAACAUACGUUUCACCUGCGAGCAGGCUCUGCAGCACCCCUGGAUUGCUGGGGAUACCGCCCUGGACAAGAAUAUUCACGAGUCUGUCAGUGCUCAGAUCAAGAAAAACUUUGCAAAAAGCAAAUGGAAGCAAGCAUUCAAUGCCACAGCAGUGAUCCGUCACAUGAGGCGCCUCCAGCUGAGCACCGGCAGUGAAGGCCCCAGCCCCACCAUGCCCGAUGCAUGCCAGGCUCAUCUGCUAACGCAGGAGGAAGAGGCACUCUGUGAAGGUGGAUGCUCCCAGAACACGGACGGAGGUGCUGACGCUCUGUCAAACUGCACCUACCGCUGCCACCCAGCCAACAGUGUGUGAUAGUUAACCCACUUCAUUUACCUGUCAAUCCCAAGUCAACUUUCCAAUUUUAACCCCCCCCCCCCCUUCUCCCUCCCCUCGGUGGAACCUGAGGCACCGUCUCCCCCUGCUUGUCUGGCUGGGAAAGCGGCGCCAUUCCAACCUGUUGUCUGCAGGGGGAGCAAGACGGUUGAGUCUGAGAGGGAAGACAUUUGAGGUGUUGAAAAGGUGGAGGGGGGAGACUUGCUGUCAUGCUUAUGCACCAUGGCAGAUCAUUUUAGGGGAUGAGUUGAAAUAGAUCAAAAGGAAGAAGGGAAGACACCCCCCUUCCUCCUUCAGGUUGGGGGGGAUUAUUUUUUUGUGUGCAAAAAGCAAGACAGCGUUUGCUGGACGUUUUAUUUUAAUAAAAUGUUUUCAAUUUGUCUUUUUA